GUCAGCCUCCGCCCACAAGUUCCGUAGUCCUUCGUUAGUUUCGUUCUUUCGUGAGUCAAUGGCUGCAGGGAAGUGUCCAUCGUUCAUGUCUCCUUCCGCUAUCAAAGAUUUUCCCAGCAAGGCGCUACGUCUGCUGCAAAACGCUUGCGCAAACCCCACAUCCACCGCCGCACUUUCUUUUGCGGGUUCAAUAUACACCGCCUCGAGAACCAUCGUUCCCCGCACAACCGCCAGGGAUAUCCAAAGCCUUCACUACUUCAGUACUGAUUGCAGAAAGUCUGCGUUCCACAUAGGGACGCAGUUUCGACCUUGUCGAGGUUUCCAGCAGCACUCGAGGAGGAUGGCCCCAACAGAAGAGGUAGAUAACUUGCCGAAGGAGAGACAACCAAUCGUUAUAUCAGGGCCGUCUGGUUCGGGAAAGAGUACUAUGCUCAAGAGACUUUUCGAGGACCAUCCGGGCAGGUUUGGGUUCAGCGUUAGCCACACGACGCGGUCACCACGUCAGGGUGAGAGGCACGGCGAACACUACUACUUCGUCACGCGCGACGAAUUCAACGACCUCAUCGACAAGAACGGCUUCAUAGAACACGCCCAGUUCGGUUCGAACCUCUACGGGACAUCCUUCAUGGCCGUCGAGGCCGUGGAGAAAAGCGGGAAGACGUGCAUACUGGACAUUGAGAUGGAAGGGGUGAAGCAGGUGCGCAAGUCGCACCUCAAGGCGCGGUUUUUGUUCCUUCAGCCGCCGAGCGAGGAGGAGCUGGAGAGGCGACUGAGGGGGCGAGGAACGGACAAGGAGGAGGACAUACUGAAGCGUCUGGCGCAGGCGAAGAAGGAGCUGGAGUACGCGAAGACGCCUGGGGUCCACGACAAGGUCGUCGUGAACGACGACUUGGAAAGGGCGUACAAGGAGGUGGAGAAGUUUUGCCUGGGCGAAGACUGAGGCGACUUUGGCAACGAAGCCGACACCUGGCAACGUGGAUGGCUGCGAGCAAGCGCCGGUUUGGGAACCGACAAAGGUGUCCGAAUUUUAGGACUCGUUGGCUUCCUCUCCGCGACCCGUUUUCUAGGAAGGGGGUGGGAAAAAGAAGUAGAUUGUGGCCUGAUCUUUCUAGACAUAGACACCGCUCACGUCUUGUUGGAAACUUAGCUCCUGCGGUUUCCAUGUCCAAGACGAUCAUGGAUCUACCGCUUUGAUUUAGAGCCUGUUCAAUCGGUCUCAUCAUGUGGGACCUCCACGAGCAGCCAACGUUCGUGGCAAUAUAGAUCUAAUCGUUUGCCCAACGAUCAGCUGUAUACAUUUCGUCCAACAGGCUCAAUCUGAGAGCCAAAUCAUUACGCUUGUGGCUGCUGUUUCCAAAAGUUAGCCCAGAAUAAUGUGCAUGUGUAGCAACGCCUGUGACUGUCUUCCGACUCUGAAGACACGAUGUACCACCUGGGGACAAAGAAAAAAAA